UAACCCUUAAUUCGAUAACGGGAAAUAUAUUGGACAUCAACUUAAAAAAAAUAUACAAUCAUUUUUUAAACCUAUAUUGUAUUUAUUUUAAUUCCAUUAGUUUAUUUGAAAACUAAUGUAAUAUAUAUAAAAUCACGCGUAAGGUGCGCGCGCUCAUCGCUGGUUAGUCGCCGCCGAAAUGUCUGGGAGGAAGCACGUGCCGCGACCGCUCUCGGUGUUCAAACAAACAUCACGUGCAUCAAAGUUAUUGGCACUAGUGCCGCCAAUUAAUGCUUCAUCGGACGUAGAAAAUCAAACAAGUUCGAAUGAAGAGGUUGUUAUAAGCACAUGCCGCCAAGACAGUGACGAUUUGUCGUCUGAAGCACCAUCUAUACCUUCGUCAUUAGAAAACUUGGAUAUUUCCGAAGACGACGAAGAUAGGAAUGACGCUUCUAGUGAUGAGAUACCCAAUAGUGAGCCAGAAGAUCAAGAACUAGCAGUGCCUUUAACACCAAUUAUCAACCAAGUGUUGCCGUCGACCAGUCAGGUAAAUUUUGAUAAUAUUCCAACUUUAUCGUCCAUUCAGUCUAUACCGUCUGUUCAAGAUAUAUCACCGAUUCCCAAUGCCGUGAAUACCAGGUCUAAGAGACGGCGCUAUGUCAACACUCACUCUCGUAUUCAUCAUAAGAGGCCCAAAAAAUGUAAACCAUUAAAUUACAAAUGGAAAAAAGGCAAAUUCCUGCACAAAGCCGAAAUUACCUAAUUGUGAAUUUAAGAAUAACUUACAUGCCGAUUUCACGCCUAUAGAUUAUUUUUGGAAAUACUUUUCUUUGGAUAUUUUACAAGAUAUAGUUCAUAAUACCAACCUUUAUGCAGUUCAAGUUACCGGCCGAUCCAUCAAUAUCUCUGAGGACGAAAUGAAAGAUUUUAUUGCCAUUUUAUUACUUAUGGGUGUGGUAAAUUUGCCAUCAUAUGUAGAUUAUUGGUCAAAAGAAUUACGCUACCCAGCUAUUGCUGAAAUCAUGUCGCUGAAAAAGUUUGAAACCAUACGCAGAUACAUCCAUUUUGCUGAUAACUCUUGUCCAGAUUCC